UAAAUUUCUUAACAGUAGAUAAUGUUGAUGGUUGAGGACCAUUAAAUCUCUGCCUCCUGCUCUUUGAUGGACUGUGGGUGGGAGGAGGGGGUGACACACCUCCUGCAUGUCACCCCCUCCUUCCCUCCCUACUGGAAGAACCGCUCUGCUCCUGUCUGCAUCAGUUACAUCUCAUCCUGAUGAUACAGCUGCUGGCGCUGUGUGGAGUUGGGCUCUUUGAUCUUUAAAUGUGUAUGGUUAUAUUUGCUCCGAUUUUUGCCAUUUGCGCGUUUGCCACCUGUGGAGGAUACCAUGGCAACCUCCAGGUUAAAGUGGACUGUGCAGCUAGGAGACAGAACAACAUCAGCAUCAACGUUGAUUUUGGAUAUCCGUUCAGAUUGCAGCAGGUGCACUUUAAAGCUCCGCUGUGUGAAGCAAAGAGAGAAGAGGUCGUUUUCCUCGAUGGCGACUUCUCCUCAGCCGCUCAGUUUUUUGUGACUGUGGGAGUCUUUUCAUUCCUUUACUCUCUGCUGGCUACGAUUGUCUACAUCUUCUACCAGAACAAGUACCUGAAGAACAACAGAGGUCCACUUGUGGAUUUUGUUGUGACUGGCAUCUUUUCCCUGAUGUGGCUGGUCAGCAGUUGCUGUUGGGCUAAAAGUCUCACCGAUAUCAAGACGGCCACAAACCCAACAGAGGUUCUUCUUCUCAUCUCUGCCUGCAGAGCUCAGGAGAACAGAUGUGCAGCCGUGCAGGAGCCACUCUGGUCUCGUCUUAAUACAUCUGCUGCUUUUGGUUUUGUGAACGUUAUCCUGUGGUCUGGAAACAUCUGGUUUGCUUUCAAAGAAACUGGUUGGUACAAGACUGGCCAGAGAUACCCCACCAGGAGUGCUUCUGGGAAACGCUCGAGGGAAAUGCGAGAGCGACUCUACAGCGAGAGCAGCUUCGACCAACAAGAUGAUGAUCUUGGUCUUUUUAGACAAGAUAGUUUCACUCAGUCAAAGGGGGACAGCAUUAAGCAUGUCCAGAGACAAGCUAGCAUCAACCAGUCACAAGUCAGCUUCAGUCUGCCCGAUACGUAUCUGGGCAAAACUGUUGUUUAUGAGAGAGAGAACAGCAUUGCUUCUCAAGCGCCCAUGAUUUUCAUCAAUGAGAUGUGACCAGUUUAAUUUAAUCAAACUUAAAUUUACAACUACACUUCUGGAUUAUCUGCUUUUACAUAAUAUUUUAAGAAAAUGUAUUUAAUAUUAGUGUUCUUUACAUUGUUUAUAUGUUUUACACUUAAGUUUUGAACCCCAAACAUUGUGUAUAAUGUGUAAAGCUGUUAGAAAUGUUGGAAUUAUUCAAAAAAGUCUCAAAAACAAAAGCUUGUCUUUAUUCACUAUUAAAGUGCUUUUGUAAAAUCUCCUGUACACGCAAAUAAACCAUAAAAGUAGCAUCCAGAUCACUCAAGGUGGUUCUCGGGAGGUGUGGGGGUUCCAGUGUGGGCCAGUGCCACCCCUGAUCCCAAGCUUGGACCUCCCCUGUGUCCCUCCUGCUGAGGGUGGAGCCUAAGUAUUAAUAAGUACUGAUUCCUUUAGGAUAAUUUAGCUUUAUUUUGGAACAAAUAAAAAAGUUUAAGUCCCAUUAGUCGCCACUAACGCUCUGGGCAGCAGUGAGCUGCAGCAGUGAGCUGCA